GACGAACUCAGAUCUGGAUGCGCGACCGUUUUAAAUUUUUUUAUAUAGAACUUUGUUGUUUAUUGUAGUCUUCCUCGAUUUGAGAGAUUAAUCUCAGCAGUCGUGUGUGAAGGAUCUUCUAAAAAAAAAACUAUCAAAACAUCCUUUAUGGUGCUUUCAAAUGUGUUGUCCUAUAACUAUCAUCUUUUAUUUUGAACUCCUAACCCUUCAACAUAGUUUCCUCAAUUCAAAUGGCUUCACCCCAAAAAAGACUAGGAGAAUUUCUAAAUGAGCAACAAGAACCUUUCAUGCUAGAGCUAUAUCUUCUAGAAAAAGGGUACUCAAAAAGUUGGAGCAGCUUUAACGAAGAUUCACUCAAAAAGAGAAAGAAAAAAGUUUUAUUACCAUUUUCCAAAGUUCUAGCAUCUAUAGUUAACAAGCUAGCUUUUCAUAGCCAAGGGAAUACUCUAGAAACUUUUAGGGACAAUGGUCAAAGAAAAAAGCAUGCAAGUUGCAAUGUUCAAAUUUCAUCAGCUAGUACCAACUCUACUAUGUUGAAUUCAUGCUCAAAUGUUGAUGAAGAAGGAGCUUCCAUAUCAUCACAUAAAGAUCAGCAUUUGUUGAAUGAGGAUGUUGAGAAAAUGCCUAAGAAAAUCACAGAGGAGUCACUAUUAUCAACUGCUAUAUUGAAUAUACUUGGUGUCUCAAUGAAGAAAGAAGAUUGCACUAACCAGUUGCAUGAGUAUAUUCCUAAGCCUCAUGUUUCCCAAGUAUUAAAAUCCAAAAGGGUAUCACAUAAGAUAAAGAAGCUUCUAUUUGAUUGCGUUGAAGAUAUUACAAUAACAGUUCCAACAAAAGAAGCUUCUAUAAGAAAGCAAGUUUGCAGAGAAUCCAUGGGGCCUAUAGAGAUUAAGAAGGUCAGUUGUCAAGGAACAAGAGAAUGGAGACAAUUUAGUGAAGAUGGUUUAAUGGCAUUAUUGAAUGUUGAUUACUUGGAUUCAAUAGUGGAAUGGAGCAGGUUUGAAGAACAAGUUAAGGACAUUAGCUUUGAGAUUAGUGAUGCAAUUUUGGAUAUUAUCAACACUGAAAUUGUAUUAGAAAUGAUUGGAAGUUUAGCACCUUAAUUUCAAAUUUUAUGAUUGAGUUCUGUAAUUUUAAUUUUUUUAUCUGUAUUCAUGUAAAUACUUAUGCACAUAAUUGAGUUGGUUGAGUCUAUGAAACUCAUCUGGAAAAUCUGUGCCUGAUAGUUAAUCAGCAAUGAAUGGGUUUCAAAAAGAGGUACAGGACAAGCAUAAUGUGAAGAGUGUUCUGACAAGGAAGAAUCAGUUACGACACAUCAACAUAACAUAGAGUUGUUUGUUUUAUAGUUGUACAAGAAUUGGAGGGAUGUUUGGGCCACCACCCACCUGGAGAAAUGAGAGGAAGCAGAAAGUCAAAGAAUUUGCAGAGGUUAUCAAGCACAGUUCCAUUAUGAUAUGAAUGAUCCUUUACAGGAAAUCAGAAACAUGUUGAAUCAAGAUUGGGAGAUGCAUUUAACUAUAACAAUCGGAUUGCCCCCUGAGAGGUUUAUCAUGUGAUUAAUGUUGAUCUUAUUGGAGAAUCAAUUGCUCCAUGUUCUUUUAAUCUAGUUUGUCUUUUGACCUUUCAAAUCCUCCCAUGUAUUGAAAAAAAUUAUAUUCUAAAAAUUUAGUUGUAAAAUCAAAUUUAUUGACAA